UGUUUAAUAUUUUUUAUUGCGUACAAUUUGUUUGGGAUGCUCGGUUCUUUUUGUUUGUUUAACGUUCAGUUUUUUUAAAUAAUUUGUAAUAAAAAUGGCCCACGAAGUAAAACAACAUUUUAUACAAGCCUGUGCUGCGUUCGGUAGUCUAAGCAAAGCUAAUGCCAUUGAUAUUCUGAGACCAAUAUGCUCAAAAUAUGAGGUUGAUUUGCCUGAAGACUCGCACUUUAAAAACUUCAUAAAAGACAUCAAUGAAGAUCUGAAUCGUUUCGAUCACGAUAUAUCAUGCGUGAAGUACCCAUUAUCGAAGGAAGAAUUCAUAGUUUUCCGUGCUGUGAACACGAAAGUAACUCGUUUUCUAAGCCAUCUCUCCGAACAAGAUCGCAAUUACUUUCGACUUCUUCUGACGACCAUCGCCUGUGCGGAGAACUAUGGAAUAUCAGAUAUGGAGGCAAUCAAUCUAUCAACUCGACUAACAGAUAAACCUUUGGCCAAAAAUCGUGCCGAAGAUUUGCUGCAGAACUGGAAAAAUGUAGGGUACUUCUAUGAAUUAGAUAAUACUUUGUAUUUGGGUCCACGGAUGAUUGUUGAAUUCGAGAGUUUACUAUUGAGUGCUUUCCCAGAUGACGUGAAGGAAUGUUCACUUUGUAAAAAAAUUGUUCUCUGGGACCCAUCAUGCAACGAAUGUGAAACUAAAUUCCAUGCGGAGUGCAUUCGCAAGUAUUUGAUAAAAUCUUCCAAUUGUCCGGCUUGUCAAAAACUUUGGAGUACUUCAUUUGUUUAAUUUUUGAAAUUUUCCAAAUUGAUUUAAAUAUGUUAAGAAUGUUAUUUCUGUAAUAUUGUAAACUUUAUUUUAGAAAACUAAUUUUAACCUUAUUUAACUUAGAGUGGUGUAACCAUAAGAUAGAAAUUAGGUACAAGACAGUAUUGAAAUAAUAAAUGGUCUGAUAUUUAGUUUUCAACAUA